GAGAUCUAGCUUGAUCAAGUGAAGUGAAAUGAAGCAAAUGGUGUCACUCCAAUCAAGCUGAAGUGAAGAACCCCACAACAGAUCUCUCCAAAUGGAUCCCAACUGUCUACUGUUGUUCCUCUUCUCCCUUCCCAUUCUCUGCUCCUCUGGCCAAGUCACCGUCAACCCAAAUCCGCCCACCACUCCGGUCACCGUCCCCGGCGGCGGCGGCGGCCAGCCGGUGAGCAAUCCCGUCACUUCACCGACUCCUCCGGCGGCGGUGGCUCCUCCCGGCGCUAAUUCCGGCGGCGGCGGUUCCCGGAAGUGGUGCGUGGCCAAGAAUGGAGCCCCGCCGGCGAAAGUCCAGGCGGCGCUGGACUUCGCCUGCGGGAAGGCGGACUGCGCCGCCAUCCAGAACGGCGGCAGCUGCUACAACCCCAACAGCCUGCAGAACCACGCCUCCUACGCCUUCAACGCCUACUUCCAGAAGAACCCUGUCCAGACCAGCUGCGACUUCGGCGGCGUCGCCGGAAUCACCAACGCCAAUCCCAGCACUGGUUCCUGCGUUUUCCCGACCUCCUCGUCGCCGGCGACUUCGACUCCGACGCCGACUACAACCCCAACCCCGACGACGGCGCCGCCGUCGACUGGAUCAGCCAUCACGCCCUCUGGCUCAGGGAUGACGACGGGCAAUUCUCCGGGUAGUGGCGGCGCCACCGGAUUAGGAGGAGUAUUCCCCUCCGGCGGGAUCGGUGAAAGCCCUGCAAACACCACUACAGACACUUCCGCGGCGGCGGCAGUAUCCGGCAGCCGCCUGCAGCCAUUGAUCUGCUGCAUCAUCGCGGCCGCCAUUGUUGCUCUUUAG